AUGCCAGCCCCUAACGAGACAGAAGACAAAGUUAAGGUUUUGGUCAAAGAUUUAUUGGGUGAGAAUCCUAUUACUGAAGGUGCUCUAACCACCCUGGUUUCCAACCUAGUGAACAACGACCUCACUACUGUCGAUUUCCUAGCUCAAGCCCCGGUAACCCUGGUUGAUGCUGUGCUCAAUACCUACGAGGGCGCAGCCGCCAAGGCCUCAGCGUGCCUCAGACUUGACGAUACCAUUGAAGAGGCGCAAGCACGCCGAUCUCUGAAGCGUAGACGUGCGGAAAAUGAAGUCGAAGUGUUCAAUAUGACGGCUGGUCUAAAAAAUCUCCAAGGUCAUGUUGGCCCUUUGUCACUCAAGGCUCCUCCUGAACUCAUCCCACAGAGUCGCUUCCUGAACAAGCUGAAGCAGGAUCCCUACAGCUACGUCCUCUCGUCUGAUCUACAAGUGGCCCAAGAUGUGGUGGACACAUCAGUCACGACCAAGGAGAAUCUCGAAACCGGUAAGCCGGUUCAUAUAAAAUUGUCCCCCUCGAAGCCUGUUACCAAUCUAGCUCAAUGGGUGAGUUGUUUCUCUCAAUUUGGCAUGGCUCUAAUGAUUGUGAUUUUCUCCGUUGAAGAAAUUAGCCCGCUAGCCAUCAUUGCCUAUAUUAAUUUGGUCAUCAAACUAACUGUUGAGACUUCUUCCAACCAAGCAGCUGCCUUCGACGAACAGUACCGGUCUCGUGUAUCUGGUUAUCACUCCAGAGGUCUAUCAUGGUCAGCGAUCUUGUCCGACCCUGGUUCAGUGGACUCAGCUCUUCUGGUCAGUGCUCAAGUGGGCGCGAUCGAUCGUAAACGGGAUAUCGGAUCCGACGGUAGAAGGUACAGAAAUCGGUUUGACCAAGUUUGUCGCUAUUGGAAGUUGGGUCGGUGUAAUCAGGGUUCCCGAUGUCGAUUUCGGCACAGUGAUUCUGAGUCUUCUCAGCAACAGCGUCUACCUAAGUCAUUCUACGACAUCGACCUCGUGAAGAACAAUGACAUUGACCUUAAAUUCUUUCCACAGUCCACUGCUCUAUAG